CACCUCUGUCAAAGAUGCAGGUUUGCCUGCAUUGGCACGAUGUAGCGUCUCUCUCAAUGUUCCACCUUACGCCACCUAGUGGUUUGCAGCAUGCCAACACUCGAGUGUUAAUGAGGCUUGAGUGUGUCUACUUUGUUGUCUACCUUGUUAAAAGACGUCUUUCCACUCUUUGUCUCCUCAGCUCGUCCCAAUCCUCAUCGUCCCGAUCCCUCGCAGACUCCAGAUUCUGGCAUGGAGCUUCCCAGUGGAAUGGUGCCUCGGCCCGGCGACAUCCCCUACCUCAUAGUUGGUAUCGUCCUGGGAGCGUUUGUUUUCAUCAUUGUCGCCUUCAUCCCCUUCUGCCUGUGGAGGGCCUGGGCCAAACAGAAGCAAACUGCCGACUUGUGUUUCCCCGCUGUGGCCUCCUCAGUGUCCCCCUGCCAGUACACCAUGGUCCCCCUGCAGGGACUGGCCCUGGUCGGUCACUGCCCCCUGGACGCCCACAUGACCGCUCCACACGGCGUCUACCCCGUCAAUGGAGAAUACACUGCCAACGGCAAACCUCACCACCAGACACACCGUCUGCCGGGCCUGCAGCAGAAUGAGGUGGACUGUGACAUGGAGUGUGACACUCUGUUACCGCAGACUUUGUCAAAUGGACAUCUGCCCGUCUACCACUACUCCACCAGUGGAUCAGAUCACCACGAACAGACGUGCUUUCCUCCCGAUGUCUCCACUCUCCAGCUCCUCGACUCUCACCAGCACUUCAGCUCACAGGAGGAGCUGGGUGGCGACGACGACAGCGUCUGUGGGGACGAAGAUAAAUCGGACGACGACGUCACUCAAAAGCCAACAUCUUUCCCUCUGUUAUCUCUCGAGGACGAAGGGAUCUUCACCACGUCCUCCUCGAGCGCCACGACGCCGGAGUCGCACGACACGGCGAUACAGGAAGUGAACAUCCUCCCAAACGAAGCGACGCCAGAGGACGAAGGGAGAGGCACCGCAACAGAUGUAUAAGAGACUGUCGAACAAACAAAAACAAAAACAGAAGAAAAUAUUUAUUUUUGUAUCACAGAUAUUUAUGUAUUUAUGCGUUUGUACAUAACUGUAUGAUUAUACUGUAUAUAAGGUUAUUUUCAUAUUGAAAGAAAAGACUCUUCAUGCAGCGCCCUCUCAUUUCACCUUGUAGACAAAGGGAGAACCAUGUGGUGACACUGAUGUUAUCGCCACCGUCAUGUUUUAGUCUCUCCUCCUCACGUCAUUCCCCCGUAGAGACCUUCGCCCUUUUAGUGUUUUUCGGAUUUUAGGGACUUUUAGCUUUACAGAAACAAAAGGGACCACUCAAACCAGUCCAGUGCUGUAAAUUACGAGGUGCUUCUUCACCGUUUGCUUUAUCGAGACACGACUCUGCCCUCCGUCUGUCGCCGUGUAUAGCCGUAACACAAGCGUAUUAAGCGUCGCUCAUCAUUAACAAAAAACUAUUAACAAGUGUAUGCAACGUAAAUCUGUUUUUUUUAAUUAGUGUACAAGAGAUUAUAUAUAUAUAUAUAUUGUAUAGUUAUUUAUUUUUUUAAUGUUAUGUUAUAUUUUUAAAAGUCACUGGGAGAGAUUCUGGAAAAACGAAAAAUCUUUUAACUCAGUCAUUGAUAAGCUGAACUUCUCUCGAUACUGCAACCACUUGUGUUUUACUCAUUUUGCUGGUUACCAAAUGACAGCCAGGUGAGGGCGCUGUGACAGGUGUGUGUCAGUAUUAUUCCUCCCUCACAGGUCGGUGCUUAAGUAUCUGCAAUCAAAAUGAAGGAGAUCCUGAAUCUACACUCCCCCCCCCUCUCCCCUUACCUCCUCUUUUUGUUUUGUUUUAAACUAUAGCUGUUUUUAUGGUUGCACAUGCUGGAGCACUAUUGCAUGUAAAUAAAGGCUUAUGAAAUUGA